CAUAGUUGCACAUCUACACAUGUCUUAAAUUCUUAAUACGGAAACUACGUUAGUUAACACUUGUGUUUUGAUGGCCGACGGCCGUAUUCGAAUGUCUGUGUUGUAAUUUUAGACUUUUAAUGUUAUUUUGUUCAUCAAAUGUCUACCACUCAAACAGUUCAAUUUAUAAAAAGGAGAACAAUAUCAUCAAGACCUAAACAGAACUUUUGAUUUAUAAAAACAAUAUUAAUUAUCCAAAACGAGUUCCAAAACGGAAUAAAUAAGUAUAAUCAUGUAUUCGUCAAUCGUAUUUCGUACUUGUCGUAUUUCACAGUUCAGAAGUUGUUUGAACAAAAUAAAUACUCAAAACCCUUUAGCUGCUGCAGUGUUCCACAAACACUCAUCUACCGAGUCCAAGAUUAACAGUAUCAAUGUUCAGUCUAAUGACGCGGAAUGGAAAAACAUUUAUAUUGGAACAUUGGGUCCACGAAUCCGUAACUUAAAAAUUGUUUCAUUUAUGACCAGUGCUGUGGGUCUAUGUAUUCAACCAAUGGUAAUACAAAAAGCUGCAGAAGUGGGCAGUAGCUUAGCAGCCACUAUUGGUGUAUGUACCAUUGCAGGAUUUUUUACAUUCAUUACACCAGUACUCAUUCAUAUGGUAACAAGAAAAUAUGUGACAUCAAUUGAAUAUAACAAAAAAAAUGAUGAGUACAAUGCUACAAUUAUUUCAUUCUUCUUAAAACCUAAGAAGGUGCAAUUUAAACCAUUUGAAGUAAGAUUGCCUUUGACACAGAAAUUAACAAUCACAUUUUAUGCAAAAAAAUACCCUCUAUUCGUAGAUCCACAAGCAUUUGAUGAUGUAAUGCAUUAUCAACGUAUAUUAGGUUAUGAUAAGCCUUUUACAUUUGAAAAAGAAGAUAAUGUUCUUAAAAAACCUGUAGUUAAGGCUGUUAAUAAAAGUUAAAUUAAUAUUAUACUUUAUAGUUGUUUCUUAAUAUUUUAUUGAAUAUGUUUUGUAAAUACAUGCAAUUUAAAAUGCUUA